AUGUCUUUUAUUCCAAGCACAAGCUUUUUUGAUGUAAAAUUUAUUCAGGCUCCAGGAGAUAUUGAAAAACCACAAGCUAUUCAAGUGAAAAAAGUCAUAAAAAGACCUCCACCUACAAAUAAAUUAAAAUUGCUUACUGAGUCCAAAAGCGAGCCUAUUAUUCCUGAUCAAAAAAAUCGCGCGGUUCAAUUUUAUGAAUCAUCAGUGUUAAAACUUAUGCAAAAUGACGAUGAAGAGGUAAAAGAACCUGAAAUUUUGCAACUGGAUAUGCCGCUGAUAGAUGAAGAAAUCAAGGAUGAAACCUUUAAUAAAGCACUUAAUCAAAAUUUCGCAGAAAUCCCUAAAAAGGCCAAAGAAAAGCUAAAGCAAAAGCCAAAAUUUAAAGAAAACUUCGUGAAGCUAAAUCUAAGCAAAGGGAAAAGCUUUUCUAAAAUGGGGAAAACGAGAUAUGGAAAAAAGGGCAAAAAUAAAGCAUUAUUUGAUCCUACAUCUUACGGGAUGGAACAAAGGAAUAUUGUCUCUUAUUCUGAAGGGUUUACUAAUAAAGUUAGAACUGAGCACACAGACUGAGCAGAAAUCUUAAAAACUGAGUUUGGUUUUAAUGAUUGGAGGGAAGGACAGCUUGAGAGCAUCCAAAAAUUGACAAAUGGAAAUAACGUUUUAACAAUAUUGCCUACUGGUGCUGGAAAAAGCUUGAUUUAUCAAUUUUCUGCAAGAAUUUUAGCAGGUCUCACAAUUGUGAUAACACCUCUUGUCUCGCUUAUUACUGAUCAAAUUUUAAGGCUGCCAGUAUGCUUAUCAGGAGCUUGCAUUCAUGCUCAAUUGCCACCUCAGCUGCAAUUUAAAAUCUACCAAGAAGCAAAAGAAGGGAAAAUUGAUAUUCUUUAUUUAACUCCAGAAAAGUUUCUUUCAGAUUGUUUUAAAUUCCAAAAUAUUUCUUUAUUUUGUAUAGAUGAAGCUCACUGUGUUUCUCAGCUAUCAUUUUCAUCCAGACUUUCCUAUCUACUAAUUCCGAAAUCCACAAAUUCUUUAAGAAUUCUUGCAUUAACAGCUACUGCACAUAAAGAUACUUGCAAAGAUAUUUCAGAAAUUUUACAUAUUACAGAAGUAGUGUCAUAUGGCUUCCCAUUGCGGAAAAAUAUUGAAAUAAAAAUCUCUAGAGAUCCUGACAUUACAACAGCAAUUGGAAGAAUAAUUAAAACUGAUGAAUUCAGAAAAGGAAGUGUUAUUAUAUAUUCACCAUUUCAAUACCUAGCAGACAGUGUGGCCCAAUGGCUUAAAAGCAAAGGAGAAUCAGCUGCAAGCUUCCAUGGAGGUCUGCCAGACUAUAAAAAAGAAAAAAUCCAAGAAAACUUCAUGACAGGAAAAAUUAGAGUCUUAGUUGCUACAGUUUCGUUUGGGAUGGGAAUCGAUAAAGCUAAUGUAAAAGGGGUCAUUCAUAUGUACUUGCCUAAAACGUUAGAGCAUUUAGUGCAGGAAACUGGCAGAGCUGGAAGAGAUGGCGAAAAAUCAUAUGCCCACAUUAUAUUGAAUGAAAGAGAUAUGUUUCAAUUGAGAUCAUUAGGGUACACAAAUCAUAUAACAAAAAGACACAUAUACAUAUUUAUCUACACAUAUAUUUUCUAUAAAUAAACACUAAAACUGCUUAUUUAUUAUAAAAAUCAUAAUCCAACUGGUAAAAGCUAUAAAUCGCAAUGGAUUUAAAAGGAAAAGAGGAGACAAUGAUAUUUCCUCAAAAGAUCCAUCUAUAAUUAAGCUGCAAGAAACAUGCGAAGAUAUGGGCUUAGAAAAAGACACUCUUUCAUCCUUAUUAUUGGAGCUUGAAAAAAGAGAUGUGAUAACUUUAAACCCUUUAACAUACACAGCUGUCCAAAUCCGAUUUCAUAAAUCGCAACCUGAUCAAUUAGCAGAAAAAUAUUCUAUCAUCAGCCAUGUUCUUGCGAAAUCCAAAAACUACGCAGGAGUGAGAAAACUUUAUAUUCCUGAUAUCACAGAAGGCAUAGGCUUGUCCGUACAAGAUGUUAUACAAGUGCUAAGGAGGCUUGCAGCUACAGGUGAAAUUUCAUGUGAAUUCUCUGAAGAAGCUUUUAUUUUGGAACCAAAAAAAGUUCCAGAAGACUUUGAGCUGCUUAAACUGGCAAAAGACGUGGAAAUGUAUUUUUCACAAAUAGAAGAGGUUUAUCGAGAAAAAAUCGAAACGUGCUAUAAUGUUUUAAAUACAUUCGCAGCAGAUUCUUAUGUUUCCAGCAAAAAUUGCAAUGAAGAACUUGGGGAUUAUAUUAAUACAUAUAUGAAUGGCAAUGUUAAAGAAAUGCUGCCAGAGCAACGGCUGCCUUUUGAUAUUGAUAUGGAUAUUCACUCGGUAGUAGGAAACUUUGAUGGCAUCCCAGAUACAAAAGAUAUAGUUUGUGUGAUGCAAGGAAUUAAUUCAAGGAGAACGCCUUCUGCAAGAUGAAAAGAUCACCAUAUGUGGGGAAGAUAUACGAAAUACCCAUUUCCUCUAGUAUAUGAAGCAGUUGAUGAAUUUAUUCUUGAUGAAAUUGAAAAUAAAAUCGAAUAUCGAGUGAAAAGACAAAAAGAAGAAACAGGUGAAAUAAUUGAACAAGAUAAUUAA